AAAGAUAAAGAGGACACGUGGCCCAAAUUUUUGGCGGUUGAGGAGCACCUGAGCUACUCAUUUCCUCACACUCUGCGUUUGGGUUUGUGAAACAAAGAAAGAGCAUUCUCGUUUCCCCCUUCUUUGCGAUGCCAGGUGGAGCCACCGUCUGCUCCGGUCACCGGUUUCUCUGCGUUCUCCCGCAUUCAACUCGUCCCCGACUCACCCUCCCAACUCGGUCGCGACCCGUUCCGGUUCAGCUCGGAUCCAUAUCCAUAUCCACAUCCCUUACGAAUGGCGGUAGCAACCGGUUCGGUUCAAAGUUGAGUCUUAUUCCCAGAGCUGCUGAUUCUUCCUCCGCCCAACCGUCUCUCGUUCCCGACGAUGACUUCUCCAUUUCUAAGGUUUCAUUUGGUGUGAUUGGUCUAGGUGUUGGACUCUCACUCUUAUCCUAUGGUUUUGGAGCAUAUUUUAAUCUUUUCCCCGGAUCUGAAUGGUCAGCUAUAAUGUUAACAUAUGGCUUCCCUCUUGCAAUUAUUGGAAUGGCACUCAAGUAUGCAGAACUCAAGCCAGUCCUGUGCCUCACAUAUUCCGAUGCUCAAAGCUUGAGGGAAAAAUGUGCAACUCCAAUUCUUAAACAGGUGAAGAGUGAUGUUACCAGAUAUCGCUAUGGAGAUGAGCAGCAUUUGGAUGAGGCAUUGAAACGGAUAUUCCAGUAUGGUCAAGGAGGAGGAAUACCAAGGAGAAGUGCUCCUGUUCUACAAAUGAUUCGCGAAGAAGUCACAGAAGAUGGUAAAUACUGUUUGGUUUUAGUUUUUGAGGCCAAGGAUCUGCAGUUGUCCGAUUUUGAAAAACGACAGGCCAAAUUUGCUUCAUUCUUUGGGCCAGGAAUUACAGCUGAAGUUGGGGAGUCUGAUGUCUGGGUGUUUGGUAAGGGUAGCAAAAAAGGUUUAUAUGAUGUCAGACUUAUCUCCAAUACAGAUCCCAAUGACAAUGCUUCUCCUUCAUGAAGUUGUAGACCAUUUUAUCCUCUUCCAUGUUGCAUGAUUUUAGUCAAUUAAUGGACUUAUGUCCUGUAAGAUAUGUAAAAAUAUAAUUAUGUUUCAAAGUAUCGAGUUACUUUCGUCAAAAGAAAAAAGAAAUGAAAAGUAUCAAGUUAUUGUAUCAAGUGUAAAUUUUGACAUAGAAUAAAAUAAAAAAGAAAAAUAGCGAUUGGGAAAA